UGCCUCAUUGAGGGGGAGGAGCCUCUGCACAAUGCUCGACCGGGAUUGGUCAGACAGCUCAUUCAGCACAGCCUCUCCACAGUCACUGGACACGCUGUUACAUAGUCACCAUGCUUAAAAUACUGAAGUUUAUGUAAUCAAUUAUAAAUCCAUCAUUAUAUACAUUUUCAGAUGUAUCGAUAAUGAAACAUGAAUGUGAUAUAAACAGAAGUAAAACGGUAUUUUUUAUUUUUUUUUCACAGUCGAUUAGUUAUGAAACCCGCUGCGGCUUCUUUUGUAACCUGUCAACUCGUCAUUCAUUCGUUUUGUAACGCGGCUCGGCGCGCUCGCGGAUACAUUGUAGGCUAUCUGUCCGUUUUUUUAUGACUCAAACUGUUACAAAUGAUUUUGAUAUAUUUUAUGAUUAAUAUUCAUAUUUAUUGCGUCGAAAAUUGACGGAUUUGGUCAAAGAGAAUGUCUGUAGGCAAAGAUUUGAAGUACGUGUCUCAGGUCCGUGAACUCCUGAGAGAGCUGAUGUUGGGUCGUGAGGAUCCGGACGGGUUUUUCUGUCUGUGUUUGUCUCUGCUGGGGGACUCAGACACCCGAACACACUUUCUGGACGUGAUCAAACCCCUUUCAUUCGGACAUGAACAUCUACACAGUCAGCUGACUCAAAUCUUUCUGGAGUACUUCUCUAAGGAUGAAGCAGAUGAAUUAGAGCUGGCCUUAACACUGUCUCUUAAUGAAACCAAACAAAUCAAAAGAGAUUUUAGGCAGCAGGAUUCAGACCAUCUCCCUAAUGUGCCUCCCUGUUACAAAAGCUAUGCUGACAUGACUACAGUAACUUCAGGUGCUGAUCAGCCAAAAGUCAGUGUAGCUUCAAAGAACCAGCCUAUUGCAAAAUGGACACUAGAUACUGAAGUACAUAAAACUACAUGUGCCAUUAAAAACAUAAAUAAAGACGAUGAUCUCAAAGUUGCAAAGUCAACGAGGUCACAAAGGCGUCGUCUGCGUAAGAAGCAACUUUUGUUGAAAAACCCAUCAGGACCUCGACCCGUUCUGCUGUGGUUCAGAAGGGACCUCCGCAUGUGGGAUAACCCUGCUCUGAUUGGCUGCCUGGAGCUUGGUGCACCAGUCAUACCAGUCUUUUUGUGGAAUGCAGUGGAGGAGGAGGGGCCUGGGGUUACCGUCGCAACUGGUGGGGCGUCUAAAUACUGGCUGCAUCAGGCACUAGUGAGUCUAAACCUUUCUCUGGAGCAGCUUGGCAGUCACUUGGUGACCCUGAAGGCAGAGUCCUCAUCUUUGACAGCGCUGCAGGGGUUGAUUGCUGAGACGGGGGCAGCAUCGGUUGUGGCAACGGCCCUGUAUGAGCCGUGGCUGAAGGAAAGAGAUGACAGCGUGUGGGAGACACUGGAGAAACAAGGUGUUAAUUGCCACAUCUACCAUUCCUACUGCCUUAGAGACCCCUACACGGUCACCACACGGGGCGUCGGGCUACGAGGUAUCGGCUCCGUCUCUCACUUUAUGAGCUGCUGCCAGCAGAACCCUGUCAGUGGACUGGGAGCUCCACUGGAUGCCCCCAGUGCCCUGCCUGCUCCCUCAACAUGGCCGCAGGGAUGCCCGCUUAUAGAUCUGGAGCUUGCACGCAUGCCACGCAGGAAAGAUGGCACAGAGAUUGACUGGGCCAUGAACAUUCGGAAAUCGUGGGACUUCAGUGAAGAAGGAGCUCAGGCCCAUCUUGAGGCCUUCCUGCGAGAUGGUGUGUACCGUUAUGAAAAGGAGUCAAGUCGUGCAGAUGCCCCCAACACCAGCUCUCUAUCUCCAUAUCUGCACUUUGGGCAGCUGAGUGCACGCAGCCUAUUAUGUGACGCCCGUGGAGCUCGCUGCAGAUCUCCCAAAUUCCAGCGCAAAUUGGCCUGGAGGGACUUGGCGUACUGGCAGCUGUGCCUUUUCCCAGACCUGCCCUGGGAGUCCCUCAGGCCACCGUAUAAGGCUAUGCGCUGGAGUUCAGAUCGUGUCCAUCUGAAGGCCUGGCAGCGUGGAUUCACAGGGUACCCGCUGGUAGAUGCAGCAAUGAGACAGCUGUGGCAAACUGGCUGGAUGAACAACUACAUGAGACAUGUGGUGGCCUCCUUCCUUAUUGCUUAUUUGCAUAUUCCCUGGCAAGAAGGAUACCGCUGGUUUCAGGACACGUUGGUAGACGCUGAUGUUGCCAUAGAUGCCAUGAUGUGGCAGAAUGGAGGAAUGUGUGGACUGGAUCAUUGGAACUUCGUCAUGCACCCUGUUGAUGCAGCACUGACCUGUGACCCCUAUGGCACCUAUGUGCGGCAGUGGUGUCCUGAACUGAAGGCACUUCCCGAUGACCUCAUCCAUAAGCCCUGGAAGUGUCCAGCGUCAAUGCUGCAUAGGGCAGGUGUGGUUUUAGGGGGCAACUACCCAGAGCGGGUUGUUAUUGACCUUGAGGAGCGACGUGCACAGUCUCUGCAGGAUGUUGCGUCAGUGCGGAGGCAUUUUAGAGAGUUUGUAGACCAGCGAUCAGGCUGUGACCUGGUGCCUCUGCCUGCCAGGCUGGUGCAGGAAACUCUGGGCAGUAUGGAGGAUGUUGUGAGGCAUGAAGGAACUGGGUUCCUCCUCCCAGUCAUCACACGCUUGGAGUUUAAACACCAUUCAGAGGAUCCAGACAUGCAAGACAACCCAUACAGCGCUGUACUAAAGGGCUACGUCAGUCGCAAACGAGACGAAACCAUUGCCUUCCUAAACGAGCGAGACUUCACAGCCAGCGUGAUGUGUGAGAACACACAGCGUAGAGAGAGGUUAGAGAGGGACUGUUGUCUUCUGGAGGGUCUACCUCAGCCCUCAGCCUCACGUGGCCAGGCCAGGCGUACCCCAACCAGAGACCCUUACAGCAAAGUGCCUGGAGGUGUCGCUAUUCCCCACAGAUAACUGAAUGCUGAAUGACAUGUUAAGGCUGGAAUACACUAAAUGAUUACUGCCAUAGAUUUUUUCCCCCCAUGAUUUGCAGUCUGGAUCAGUUGAUUGCAGUUGCCGAAAGUCAGCCAGUCUGCAGAUUUUCGGUAGUCAAAAGUUGACAAAUUUCACACAUAUUCACUUUUUUUUUUUUUUUUAGCUUCAGACUUUGAUUCCUUCCAGUCAAGGGAUAUCAAAUAUAUUUGAUAUUUUGAGCCAGUUUUUACACAUACUGUUUUUUUGUCAUGUUUCUCCUAGCAACAAGGCUCCUGUCAAGUUAUGUAGUGUAUUUCAGCUCUUAGUGCCUUUAAUUUUUAAAACUAAAUUUUAACAUCCUUUUUAGUCGUACAGCACUUUGGUAAAUAAUUCAAUACAAAUGAUCUAUUUAGAAUCUAUUUUGUAAUUAGAUGUGCUGUCGUUGUCGCUCAUGAGUUUAUAUAGCAUACCAUUACUUUUAUAAGCUAUUAGAUCUAAGGUUUUCACCUGGUUACAAAAAAAGGUGGAAAAAAAGAAAAAAGGCACUACUCAUUCAUUACAUUGAAGGAGGAAAAUCAGAAUAACAUAGACCUUUGAUAUUAUUUUGACUCACAAGCAAAAGGAAGUAAAUAGGGUCCAUUUUGUUUUCAUGUUCAUUAUAAAUGCAACAUGAGCAAAUUUCUUGUUAGCACAUCCAUCAUGGUGCUGGAAACUGUUCAAUAUUUAACAUACACUAUAUUGCCAAAAGUUUUGGGACGCCUGCCUUUACGUGCACAUGAACUUUAAUGACAUCCCAUUCUUAAUCCGUAGGGUUUAAUAUGGAGUUGGCCCACCCUUUGCAGCUAUAACACCUUCAACUCUUCUGGGAAGGCUUUCCACAAGGUUUAGGAGUGUGUUUAUGGGAAUUUUUGAACAUUCUUCUAGAAGCGCAUUUGUGUGGUCAGGCACUGAUGUUGGCGAGAAGGCCUGGCUCGCAGUCUCCGCUCUAAUUCAUCCCAAAGGUGUUCUAUCAGGUUGAGGUCAGGACUAGAGCUGGGCGAUAAAGCGAUAACGAUAUGUAUCGCGAUAGACACGUGAUCGAUAUCAAUAAAAAAUGUGUUCGAUAAAACGUUCGAUAUUUUUUUUAUUCUUCGUCGGAAGAAAACAGAGGUUGCGAAGCAAGUUUGGUUGCAUUAACAAAGGCACUCGCUCUCUGGUAACCUAGCAACAUAGGGAGUGACACGCUAACAGCCAAUCAUGUAACAGUAUCAAGUUUGGUUGCGCCAUAUCGUUGUCUCGUGCUGGUCUGCUGGAUUCCUCUUCAGUAACCGGCAACUGAUGAGCAGAAAAUGAGUGCCGCAGCAAGCGAGGAAAUUGUAAAUAAAAGAGGAAAAGUCAGCUCGCCAGUAUGGCAGUUUUUGGAUAUUAUAAGUCUGACCGUAGUCAGACCAAUGUCGUCUGCAAAUUAUGCAAGACCGUCGUCCCCGCCAAGACUGGUAAUACCAAGAACUUGAUGUACCACCUUAGCCGCACUCACCCUUUGGAGCACAGCCGUAUUCAACCAACAACAUCUGUAGCUGCAACACCACACAACAUUUUAAUUAUUUGAGUUUUCCAUGGUUGUUGACAUUUCUGUCUUAAUAACUGAGGGGAUUAUGAUCAGAGGAAGGUUAAGUUUAAAAUAAAAAUGUUUAAAUGUAAUAUAUUUUUCUCCUGGUCCUUAUUUUAAAUGGGUCAGAAAAAAUAUCAAUAAUUAUCGAUAUCGACCGAUAUGAAACACUGAUAUCGUGAUACAGUUUUCAGCCAUAUCGCCCAGCCCUAGUCAGGACUCUGUGAAGGCCAGUCAAGUUCCUCCACACCAAACUCGCUCAUCCAUGUCUUUAUGGACCUUGCUUUGUGCACUUGUGCGCAGUCAAGUUGGAUCAGGAAGGGGCCAUUCCCAAACUGUUCCCACAAAGCUGGGAGCAUGAAAUUGUCCAAAAUGUCUUGGUAUGCUGAAGCAUUAAGUGUUCCUUUCACUGGAACUAAGGGGUCAAGCCUAACCCCUGAAAAACAACCCCACACCAUAGUCCCCCCUCCACCAAACUUUACACUUGGCACAAUGUAGUCAGGCAAGCACCGUUCUCCUGGCAACCGCCAAACCCAGACUCGUCCGGAUUGCCAAACAGAGAAGCAUGGUUCGUCACUCCAGAGAACACGUCUCCACUGCUCUAGAGUCCAGUGGCGGCGUGCUUUACACCACUGCAUCCGACGCUUUGCAUUGCACUUGGUGAUGUAAGGCUUGGAUGCAGCUGCUCGGCCAUGGAAACCCAUUCUAUGAAGCUCUCUACGCACUGUUCUUGAGUUAAUCUGAAGGCCACAUGAAGUUUGGAGGUCUGUAGCUAUUGACUCUGUAGAAAGUUGGUGACUUCUGCGCACUGUGCGCCUCAGCAUGCGCUGACCACGCUCUGUGAUUUUACGUGGCCUACCACUUCGUGGCUGAGUUGCUGUUGUUCCCAAUUGCUUCCACUUUGUUAUGAUACCACUAACAGUUGACUGUGGAAUAUUUAGUAGUGAGGAAAUUUCACUAAUGGACUUAUUUCACAGGUGGCAACCUAUAUCACUGGUACCACGCUUGAAUUCACUGAGCUCCUGAGAGCAACCCAUUCUUUCACAAAUGUUUGUAGAAGCAGUCUGCAUGCCUAGGUGCUUGAUUUUAUACACCUUUGGCCAUGGAAGUGAUUGGAACACCUGAAUUCAGUGAUUUGGAGGGGUGUCUCAAUACUUUUGGCAAUAUAGUGUAUUUAUGAUUU